CGUGACAGGAAGCUGAGUGAGCUGACCUCUUUUUCCAAUAUGGCCGCAUCUGGCAAGGCAAAUAAGAAGCAAAAGGGUAAAACCCUAUCACUAAAUGAGUUCCUUGGAGCGGAAGGUGGGGGAGGAGGCGCCGCCCCAUACGUUCCCAAAAAACCGACCCUGGAUUGGGCCGACGAAAUGGAUAAAAAUGAUGACGACGACACCUACAUGGUGAAGAUGGCGCAGCUGGAUCGCGCGGCGUUGCCGACGGCGCCACGGGCAGCACGUGGCCCUAACGUCGACCUAAGUGCUGUGCCGACAAAACCUCCAUUUAAGGCAUUCCUCGGCAAUCUGCCGUACGAUGUGGACGAGGAAGAAAUCGAAAAGUUCUUCCACGAGCUCAGGGUGACGUCGGUUAGGCUGCCGCGCGAGGGAGGAGACAGCGGUCGCCUGAAGGGCUUCGGCUACGCAGAGUUUGAAGAUCGUGAUUCUCUGGUGCAGGCCAUCAACAUGAACGACGAGACGCUCAUGAACAGGAAGAUUCGCGUGGACAUCGCGGGAACCCAAGAGCGCGACAACGACCGUGGCUUCGGAGGCGGUCGCUAUGACGACAACGGGGAGGACAAGACGGAGGGAGACUGGAGGGCGGCUCCGACGCCGCAGGAGAGCCUCAACCGAGGAGGAUACGGCGACAGAGGCUCCGACCGCGGGUUCGGGGGUCGAGAUGGAGGCAGAGAUGGAGGAUUUGGCAGUUACGGAGGCAGGGAUGGAGGCAGGGACGGAGGCAGAGACGGGGGUUUCGGAGGAGGCCGAGAUGGUGGUUUCGGAGGAGGUAGAGACGGCGGUUACGGAGGAGGAAGAGACGGCGGUUACGGAGGAGGAAGAGACGGCGGUUACGGAGGAGGCAGAGACGGAGGAUUCGGAGGCAGAGACGGAGGAGGGUACAGGAGCAGGGACGACGGAGGCAGGGACGGUGGGUACGGACGACGCGAUGGCGGCUUCGGCGGCGGCGGCGGCGGCAGAUACGGAGACGACAGGGGAGGUGGCGGCGGAAGAUACGGAGACCGCAGCGGCGGCUACGACGACAGAGGCGGCGGUCGCCGCGACUACAGAGGACGGGACGACGACACCGGUCACGAACGGCCGAAGAUGGUGCUGAAGCCGAGGUCGGCCCCGAAGGAUGAGGAGGCUGUCGCCUCGACGAAGGCGCAGCAGUCGAUAUUCGGCGGGGCAAAGCCGGUGGACACGCUCGCAAAGGAGCUGCUGAUUGAGGAGAAGCUGCAUAAGCCGGUGGAGCCGCCGAGGCCUUCCACGCAGAGCCGUGACAUCUUCGGGGGAGCUAAGCCCGUCGACACGCUGUCGCGCGAGCAGGAGAUCGAAGAAAGGAACCGCAAGGAGAUGAAGAUGUCGGGAGCGAGCCGCGACGGUGGCUCCUCCAGGGAUUUCGACGACAGGUCGAGGCGUAGUUCCGGAAGAGAUUACGAAGAUACACCGAAGAGCUAUCCCAGCAGAGGAAGACAAGGCAAGUGUACCAUUGAGCUGGAGAGCAUGCGAGCCCAGCCUCCGACCUCCGCAGCAGCCGACGACGCCGCCGCGGAGACGGACAACCUGCGCAGAGAGGUCGGCCGCCUGCAGGAGGAGCUCAACCGGCUGCGGGCGGACGCCGCAGACGCCGCCGACGUCCAAUCACAGAACGCCGAGCUGCGCUCGCAACUCUCAAAGCUGAGAGAAAACCUGGAGUCUUCGGCGAACGUAGAGGGCAGCACCGACUCGGACAAGGCGAUUCUGGCGGAGAAGGCGACUUUAGAGAGUAGUAUAGCAG